CUCGCCGCGGCCUCAACACACGCUGGUUGUUUUUUGCCGCGGCUACUGGUCCCGUGCCGAGCGUGGUGGUGCACAUGCGGCGGCCGUGCUAGUGCACGCCAGCUAAUGUGUGUGUGUUGUUCUCUUUUUCCGAUCGUGUGUGACUGUGCGGCGGCACCGUGGCGACUGUGGACUCACUACCGUGGCGGCACCACCAUGCAGUGGGCAGCAGCGAGGGAGGAGGACUAGACAGGAUGAACGGAGCUUUGUAUGAGGACUCGGCCGGCACACGAGGCCUGGAGCCUACGGGCCAAACACCACUACACAUCCCGGCCAAGCGCGUGGCCACCACCCUGGCUGUGUCCACGUACCCGCACCCGCCCGAGUGCCCCACGGGGCCUGACUCUGGCACCGCGGCGGGUGUCAUCAGGCACUCGCACUCCACACAGCCCUGGAACUACCAACCGGAGCAUGCAGCAGCCACGGCGCCCUUCGACUCCCAGUACGGCCAGGCCUUCGGGCGGGACGGGGUCACGCCCACGUACUAUAACAUUGCGGACACCAGAGUGGCUGACCGCAAGACUCUGGCCUUCUGGCCCAACAAAUACGACUACGCACCGGGGCCAUCCUCGAUGACCACGGAGUCAUGCCAAGCCUUUGCCGCUCAGACCUGGUGCAACUACCCUCCCUACGGGCGUGUGGGCCAUGUCGAUGCCCACGGCCAGCCCGUGCCAUACCUAACGGCGGCAGAUGGUGCCCCAAAAUCUGCCAUGGAAGCUGCCGCAGGAUAUCCCCACGACGGCUACCUGAGGAACUACCCCACAGCAGAGACUAUGCCCCCCGCACCUUACCCUCCAGCGCACCGGCCGCCCUUCCCCGUCUCACAUCCAGGCGCGCUGGGCUCCAACCCGCUGGAGUGGACGGGGAACAUGACGGUCCGGAAGAAGCGGAAGCCCUACUCCAAGUUCCAGACGCUGGAGUUGGAGAAGGAGUUCCUGUACAACGCCUACGUGUCCAAGCAGAAGCGCUGGGAGCUCGCCCGCAACCUCAACCUCACGGAGCGACAGGUUAAAAUAUGGUUCCAGAAUCGUCGAAUGAAAAACAAGAAAAAUAGCCAAAGACAGGCGGCGCAGGAGGCGGCAGCGGCUGCCGCGGCUGGCACUCCUUCCUCCGGGGGCGGCACCCCCGGCCACCAGCCCAACACCCCCCAGACUCCAAACAGCAUCAAGCCUUGACAAGUGCAGAGUUCCUGUCACCCCUCUGCCCCUAGCCUGCCUCCCGCUCCCCCGCCCCUGGGCGCCCACGCUGCCAUCCCCACCAUCUCGUCGGAUAUGUGGGCGUGAGGUGCUCAGGAGCGACCGCGGGUGGCGCGUAGUGUCAGUGCCCGUCAUGACUCGGCAUCACUAGACAGUAUGUGGUGACGUCAUUUUUGAUGUGACCAGGUUUGGCGGCAGUGUCGUGGACAGGAAUUAUGAAAAAUAUAUAUAUAUUACUACGUCACACACAAGAAAGAGACUUGUCCUUGUGUAAUGCAACCCAGUGAAACUUUUUUGAGAAUUCAAAAGAACAAAAAA